CUGGUAUACCGUGGCCUUCGAAGCAACCUGUGCCAGACUGCGCUUUGCUCCUUCACGACUGCCUACCAGUAGAUAAACAAAUAUAAUAGUCUCUAGCGCAGCUGAAUAUCGAGAAGAGCCUCGCGAUCCUUCACCGAUAUCUUCUCUUAGGUUCGGAGGUUAUCUCCGCCCUCCGCUCAUUCGGAAGCGUUGUCCACCUAUCUGUGCGCUCCCGAGGCGAGGAGCAAACACUUGCGUCGACACAACUGCCUUGCUGGGCGACAGCGACAGUCAAUUGAGCCCAAGCGCGCCCUAAUUGACUACCAGCGAUUUGACUUCCGCUCGAUAACCGAACUUUGUCGACGCAGCUAAUCCCAUCCGAUGUAGCCGGCGACGGCAAUGACAGCAUUGUCAGCUGUCAACGAGCUUUCAAAAGCGCCCUUACUCCACCCACUGCAGGAGGAUACAAUGAACGCAUUGGGUGAAAUAUUGAGCGAGGAAGAGUAGAGAAAAGACGAAUGAAGGGAUGAUGAUCGUUUGGACGCUUAUGCAGGUAUCGAUAGCGAGGGCUCGAUCAGAACCGCAGCUCAGAUGAGGAACACCACGUAUGGUGAUAGCUGGGCAUGGUCAGGAGACGACGAGUCGGUAAAGGUUCCGGUUUGAAUUAAAUGUAAAAGCCCAAGUGCGGUACUGGCAGUGACACAAGGCACAGGGAGCAGUGCCCAGGAUGGCUACCUAGGUACCAUCCGAGUCUUCGAUACUAGUAUCAGCUGGUUGUUUGCAUACAGUUCCCAACGGAUUCGGCGCCAAUUGCGAUGGUCUAGCAUUUGCGUGUCCAGGACGGGCGCCCAGGAAGCAACGAGAAAGGAACGAGUGCUCGCAGUAUACCUAGCAUUUUGGCCCAUGGUGCAGUGCGCUUGGGUCGCGAGGUGUGCGAGAUCGAACAACAGUCCUGAGCACUACUAAUAGGACAGCACACGAGAGCAUCAUGUCUACCUACGGUACCUGGUAGGUACCUGCAGUAUAGCAACAAGUGAGUCCUUGUCGGAUCACGUAGCUCCCUACUACCUUCUCUUGGAAACAAUACUACUGUACCUAGGUAGGUAGUAUUCGGUGCCUGCGCCAGAUUGUUUCUAGCGCUUCUAGUCUUUCGGAAGAGCUGCAACGGUGGCCGCGGAAGCAGGUCCUGGUCUGUUUAGGGUGCCAGUGUUCAGGUUGUCCAAGUUUGGAAACAUUUUGGAAACAUGGUUCCCAUCCGCCAGAUACCAGGCACUCUUGUUUGUUGAAGCGGUUCGAAAAUCACUCAUCCCACAAUCAGUCACAGGCCGCCGCUGCCAUAGACAACCUACCACAGGCUGAGGUCCCAGCCAGCAGCGAUAUCAUCACUUCACCCGCGCUUGGUUGGCACUGCUGACACAUUCCUAGUUUGCAAACACAAAACCUCCCUUUUCCCAUCUGGGCCAGCCACCAACCAACCCUGCUUACCCGCCGUUCUGGACACGCAGGGUUGUGACCCCUGCGAUCGUUUCCAUCGAAUUUCGCCCUCUCAAGGACCUACUGGCCGCCUAUCCUCCGGCCUGCAAACCCUGGACCAACGCCGCAUGGUCCUUGUCCAAGCCUCCUCCACCGCAUCGGUCCAGUGGUUACUUCGGAUGCCCUUCUUCUGCGUCAUUAGCUGUCUGUCCGCUUGUCAUCCUCGAAUCGAACCAUAAAAUUAUACAACUUGACACAGAGCUAGUAUCGGGGAAGACCAUGGCAGACCAGGGGAUGGUUGAAAUAAAGUCCUGGGCAACAAAUGAUAUGUUUGACAGUGUUUGCGUUGGAUAUCCAGCUCGCAAUCCGCCAUCGCUCUCCUAGUCUCGACCAGCAGACGAAUAUACGGAUGGUAGUCCCCCGGUCUUUGGACCCGUCAUGAGGCGCUUCGCCGGUUUGAUCCCGCGAGACAAGGGGCGCAAUCCCAUCCAAUAUGGGACCUGAAAGAGCGACGUAUCCUGCUUUACCCUGGCCUCCCCGGCUACUCAGUCGGGACAGCCUGGGAGACUUUGGCUAGCGCUCAUUGCAGGCCGCGAUUCGUCUUUCCCUGGUCGCAUUAAGGAUCACUUCUAGUCUCCGUGGCUGGACUUCGGGUCCCACCAUCCGCUCUUCUGACACCUUGUGUGAUCCACCGACACCAGCAUCGGAAGAAUCCACUUGGGGCCUGAUGGGCGAAGCCUUGCAGCUCCCUGUUCCACCAGCAAGCCUGUUUGGAACCUGCCCUGUCAAUCCGAUGUACCGAAAGGGGGUAGCUGCAGCUGUCCUUGAGCCCUCCGGUAUAAUUCAUCUAGAUCUCCUUCCCGAGUGUCAAAAAGUUUUGUUACACGUUCCUUGACUUUCUCGCACCUCUGCGCUCGACAUUCUUUGUUUAGUUGAUAUUAUUCACAUCUUGUCUUGAUUUCUUUUGUCGCAGAUCAAACCCGGCCCAGGCCCCUAGUGAAUUUCCUGCCAACUUCAACCUGACAGUCACAGUCACUCGAUACAUCACCCACCCCUUAACGCUCCGUCUGCUCAGUCGCGCCGCAUUCGGUCGAGUAUUCAAUUACGCGCAAUCACCCAUCCGAGACUCGAGAGACUACCUGUACUAUAUGUCCGCAAUCCUACUUCGAACGCUUGCCGUCUUCAAUCCACACACCGCCGCGCUAGAUCCUCUCUGACAGUCCGGAAACUCAAAUUCUGAACGCGACUCCUUUGCUCGUGCCGCAUUCCUCCCUUGACUCGCUCCGUUCCCUCUUACAAAGACGUUGAAGCGGGCGAUUAACGAUAUCUUGUACAACAUCAAGGGCUUUUUCGCUCUUCACUGGCUCAGUUCAAGCCUGGACUGUUGCCUCCCCAACACUACACGAUGACUUCCUCAACUUCGAGUUCCGCUCCUUGUAACAUGGGUCGUGGUGGAUACGACACUACCGGGGUUCCGAAGCCCAAACCGCCUGCGAAAUAAGUCAUCAUAUCGUCUGUCUUUGGAGACAGGCACUCUGGCAAAAUUGGGGUUCCCCUGAUCCUUCCCGCCCGUCAACAUGGGUUCACAUCUGCUGGCACGAAUCGUCGGUAUUCCGGCCUCUUCAUCAGCAACACACACAAGUCUUGAUCGCGACGUCCAACUGUCAAACAAUCGGUCAAGCACCGUCGGCUUUCUCGCAAGAUUCCUAAUCCUUCGAUCUGCUAUUCGACUACCCUGUACAAGUAUCGUUCUCGGACCAUUAUCAGCGUUUUUCGGCGACAUUAUUUUGCAUGCAUGCACGGCGCAGUCUCUUUCGGAAAUCCACGAGCGUGACCCUCACGCGUGUACAACCUGUGUAUCAAAAAGUCUUUUUCGGUGCGGCGUUUCAGUUUAGAUGGUUAUGGGAGGCUGGGAAACAAAAUGGGGGCAAGGUUAUCGGCACGAUAGAAUGUAUGACUCAGGUCACUUUUCUUUGGAGUUCUUUGGGUGGUUUAGAUUGUGGAGGGUGUUUUUGUUGACAAGGGCGGCUUCGCAGUCAAGGCGUGUUAGUCCUAAUACUCGCAGCACACUAUCAGCGGCGAGGGGUGCUGGGAAUAUCAGACCUUGUGGCCGCUUCAGAGUCACCACUAAAGGGUGAUGAAUGACUCAAACUUGUGGCCUGGUUGAAGAGCCGUAAUAAAUAGCCUCAAUAAAUGAGUGAGAUAUGUUUCAAAGC